AUUGUGAAGUGUCGUGUUGCAACCGGAAGCAAAAAAGGCUUGUUUAAAGUGUAUAAACUUAUUUCGUUAGCUGGAUGGAAACGAAAUAUUAAGCCUUUUCGAGGCAAACAUGAACAAGCUGAAGUCCUUUCAGAAGGAUAAAGUUCGACAGUUUAUCAUUUUCACUCAAACUAAUGAGAAGACGGCUGUAACCUGCUUGUCCCAGAAUGACUGGAAGCUAGACGUCGCCACCGACAAGUUUUUCCAGAAUCCGGAGCUCUACGUCUCAAAUGUUAAGGGGGCUUUAGACAAGAAGAAGCUUGAGCAGCUGUACAACCGAUACAGAGGUAAAGAACAGACACUUCUCAUCUCCAUGUUUGUUUCCUUUUUAGAGCACCACAAAAAAUCAAUUCCCAAGGACACCUGGAAUCUGUUACUAGACUUCAGCACCAUGAUCACUGACGACAUGUCAAAUUACGACGAAGAAGGAGCCUGGCCCGUCCUUCUUGAUGACUUUGUAGAGUUUGCACGGCAGCACAUUGGGACCAAAAGCACGGCGGUUUAAGGGUGGCAGAGUUUCACGACUGGAUGGCCUGUGCAGAGCGCCACACGGUCAUCAUCAUGCCUUUUAAACACUCAGGACUCAAAUGUUUUACAGCGACUACGUAAACAUGUCUGUACGUUCUGCUUGACUAGUUUGAGGACUUGGCCUGUAGUGCUGAUAUGUUAGAAGCCACCUGGAAAGGAUCUUGACUCUUGUGUUUUUCUGGUAAUGGUCGUCUUUAAAGGCGUGUGGAUGUGAUCUGGAAGUGUAAUGUGAAUUCAUAGCUUUUUAAAAGGGAUAUUGUAUUUUAAUACAAAUCUUUUUUUGCAUCUAUCAUGAUGUAUUAUGAUGUGUGUCAGGCCAGUUUAAAACACUGGGAUUUUUAAAACAGAC